AUGAUGUUGCUUGUGAAAUUUUCUAUAUUUAUUUGUGCCCUGUGUUUUGGGCAAAUUGCUGACGCUGCAAAUACACUAGGCACAUCCUUGGCCAAUGGAACAAGCCAAUAUAACACUACGGAUGCCAGUACAACCGUGUCAUUGAGUGAUGGAACGGAUGUAGGAACACGGGGCAAACGUAAUUUUUACGAUGUUCAGUCUACGAGUAGUCCCGUGCAGAACACGGUGUUUGGUAACGUGUGCAAGGGACUGAAGUCCAAGAUGCAGGCGAAUCGAUCAAGGCAGACGAAGAAUAAGCCGCAGGGUGGAACUGCGAAGAACAAGCUGAAGGAAUGUUGUCAGAAAUGGACACGUUGUAAAAUGGGAAGAAGAGCAUGGUUUAAGCUUAUAUUAGUACUCUCAGUGUUGUAUCCAGGAAAUGUUUAUUUGAUAAAUUUUGGAAGAAGGAGGAAGCUCCCACAGAAACAGAAAAAAACGAACGAGAACAGGACACCGAAACAGGCAGAAGAAUCGGAGAAGCAGGAAGUACCUAAGAAACAGGAAGCGCCUAAGAAACCGGAAGCACCUAAGAAUCCGGAAGUAUCUAAGACACAGGAAGGAACUAAGAAGCAGGAAGCACCGGGGAAACCAGAAGUGCCAAAGAAAUCGGAAGCACCAACGAAACCGGAAGUACCAAAUAAAUCAGAAAUACCUCAAAAGCCGAAAACACCUGAGAAGCAGGAAGCCUCUGGCAAAUCAGAUGCACCAAAGAAACCAGAAAUACCUAAAAAAACGGAGGUACCUGGAAAAACAGAAAUACCUAAGAAACCGGAAGUACUCGUGAAACCGGAAUCAUCUGCAAAAUCAGAAGUACCUAAGAAAGCAGACGUACUUACGAAACCGAAAGCACCUGGGAAACUAAAACUACCAUGGAAACUUAAAUUACCGAGGAAAGCAUAA